UGUGAUGCUAUGCCAUAAUGUGAUGUGCAUUGGCUGCCCAGGCUGUCUGCAUUGACUACUUGACAAGCUGAGGGAGAAGGAUACUACGGUACGUCCCUCCAGGUUGCCACCCAACGGUGUUUAGUCAUUAGAGUCUAAUCUUUCAGAGUGUCGCAUCCACAGCCGUUUCCAUCUCCACCUUCCUCCUGGUUUCUUGCUACUGGACCUGUUCUGAGACUGGGUUUUCCUUCUUUACGCAUUGAGGGGCUAAUGAAGCAAACUUCUAGUGGGAACAGCGCCGGGUCAAACCAGGACCAGGGAACACUACUGUAACGCUGUACUGUGCCUCUGCAGCAAGGAACAGGUGGGGAGGAACGCAGAAGAACGCGCCCAUCGCUGUGGAUGGUUCCAGAACUUCAGUAAAACCCAGAGAGGGAUGUGACUUCCCACUAGCGACACACUGCUUGAAUUAGCGUUGUUUCCAUGUCAUUUCAAUGAAAAUAAGUUGAACCAACGUGGAAUAGACGUUGAAUUGACAUCUGUGCCCAGUGGGUUGGCAGCCUGUCAGAGGGAGUUGUUCUCAUCGAAAGGUUUACUUUUGGACUCUCUGUGUGUGUGAGUUUGUGUGUACCACAGAGAGUCUCCUGCUGUACAUGGCUAUAUGCAGGCUGAGCUACCCCAGCUGUGGAGCUUCUGUGUGAGCGUACGCCUGCGUUUUGGCCAACCUUCUUAGAAAGCAGCAGAGAGAGAGAGAGAGGGGGAGAGUCGGAGUGCUUGUAUGUGUGUGAAUGUGUGGAGAGGUUUCUGAGACGUGCUCUGAAAGCAAGAGCGGAAGAUGCCGGCCAUUCUGGUCGCCUCUAAGAUGAAGUCAGGACUACCCAAACCGGUGCACAACGCCCUGCCCAUUCCUCAGAUACAGAAUCCUGCCAGGUCCAGGACCUCCAGCCCUCACAGGGCCAGCCACCUCAGACACAGCCCCCUGAAAGCCCUUCACCGGCAGGGAGAGGACCAGGGAAAGGGAGAGGGGACCCCCACUCCCACCAAAACCCUCUCAACCAGAGAGAGUGAAGACCGAGAGGACCCUCAGAUUUACACCGACUGGGCCAACCAUUACCUGGUGAAGUCGGGCCGUAAGCGACUGAUAAAGGACUUGCAGCAGGAUGUUACAGACGGAGUGCUACUGGCUGAGAUCAUACAGGUUGUCGCGAAUGAGAAGAUAGAAGACAUAAAUGGCUACCCAAAGAGCCAGACUCAGAUGAUUGAGAACAUCGAUACCUGCCUAGGAUUCCUGGCAGCUAAAGGGGUGAACAUCCAGGGACUCUGUGCAGAAGAGAUCCGUAAUGGGAACCUGAAGACCAUCCUGGGCCUGUUCUUCAGCUUGUCCCGCUACAAGCAGCAGCAGCAGAAGGUGUUGAAGCAGCAGGCCUCUCAUCACCCAGAGCACAGCACCCAGCCUGGACAUACUUCCCAUGGGUCACCAACCCCCGCUCACACCCACACCCAUCAUACCCACAGCUCCACUGCACCAGCACACAAAGCAGCAUCAGAUAUGCUGUCCAGUCUAUCAUCCAAGGCUUCUUCCACUCAGAGUAAAGGGCUAAAGCUCUCUGUGGCUCAGAGAAAGGCUUCUAGACUGCCAGCUCCCACCAUGCGGGUCUCUGCCCCAGGCAGCGAGGGGAAGCACCGCGGGGCCUCCAACGGCAACCGCCGCAGCCAGAGCUUCAACCACUACGACAAGCCCAAGCCCUCCAGCAGUGAUAGAGAGAGAAGCUCCACGGCCUCUCCCAUCAUGACUGAUCACGGUCUGUCUCCAGGGCCCGUCAAUGGCUACUCUUCUUCCUCCUCUUCCUCCUCCAUCCCCCAGCCCAAUGCAGGCAACAACAGCAAGCCCUGGAGGAGUAAGUCCCUGAACGCCAAGCACAGCGCCACCUCCUCCAUGCUGUCCGUCAAGCAGGACCCUCCCACCAGGCAGCCCGUGGCCCCGCCCCUAGAUGUCCCCCCUAAAGUCAUUGCCCAGAAGUCCAUGCUGGAGAAACUCAAGAUUUUCAACAGCAAAGGAGCCUCCAAGGCAGCUGGAGUCCUGACUGACAGUCCGACGGGGCAGGAAACCGCGGCGAUGGAGGUGCACCCCACCAGCGUGGACCCCCUGGAAGAGGCAGAGGGGAACUCCCGGCCCCCCAGCGCCAUGGCGACCAGCCCCAAACUGGCUCUGAAGGGCAUUGCCCAGCGCACUUUCAGCCGGGCUCUCACCACCAGGAAGAGCUCUCUGAAGACUGGAGAGAAGGAGAAAGACAAGGCCAGGUCCAAGGAGAGAGACAAGGCCCGGGAGGAAGGCUCCAAGUGGGGGUCAGUCACAGAGCAGGAGGUACCCAGGGACGACACCAGGCAGGAGGGAGUAGGUACAGACGCAGCAGAGCCCAAGAGGAAUGCUAAGAUCACCAGCGUCAUCCCAAAAGGAGGCAAGGCUGGCAGUGGCAAAAAGGAGAGCUCAGCCUCAGCAGCACACAGUGGAAUACCAAAGCCAGGGUCCAAGGCAGGUAAGACCUCAGGGGCGCCCUCUUCUGGUCGAGAUGGAGAGAGGCCCCGCAGUUUGAGGGCCGGUGGGGGUGGUGGUCUCUCGGUGCACAAGGGCCAGCUGGACAACAGAAGCUCCAGCCUGGCCCCCUCUGAAGGGAGGUCUCACCAUCACCACACCAACGGAGUACCCCCGGUCGCUACCACAGCCAGCAAUACCAUCAGUGUCCAGCUUCCUCAUCCUCAGCAGCAAUACAACCACCCCAACACUGCUACUGUUGCACCAUUCAUGUACAGGUCUCAGCCAGAUGUGACCAGAGCAGACAUGAUGAUGGAGGCAGCAGGGUCAAUGGAGGGUCACAGAGAGACUGCAGCCUACAGCAAAUCAGCACACAACUCCCUGGAUGACCUCACAGGUGAAGACCCUGAGGCCAGGCGCUUGCGGACGGUGAAGAACAUUGCCGAUCUGAGGCAGAACCUGGAAGAGACCAUGUCCAGCCUGAGGGGAACACAGAUCAGCCACAGCACCCUGGAGACCACCUUUGACAGCAGCAUCACCACAGAGGUCAGUGGGAGAGGCAUGCUCAACCUGUCCCCCCGCCCCAACCCAGCGCUGCCCUGGCGACUGGGCCCCUCCAGCCCCCGUCUGCAGGCAGGCGACGCCCCCUCAGUGGGGAAUGGGUACAAGGUAGUGACGCGGGGCAGUGCCAGUCGCAUGGUGAGCCCAGAGGGCGGGCGCUACCUCCGCAGCAGGCAGACACCCGAACAGGAGAGUAACAAUGUGUGUGACCUGGACCUGCCAGAUAAGAUGGAGGAGCUGGAGGGCAUCGCCAUGGAGACCACGGGGUACAUGAGCGACGGUGACUUGCUGGGGAAGAAUCUCUGCAUGGACAAAGUCUCCAGUGGCUACAUGACAGACGGCGGGCUGAGCCGGUACACGCACCGCCUCAACCGUCUGCCAGAUGGCAUGGUCGCUGUCCGAGAGACACUCCAUCGCAACACAUUCAAGGGCCAAGGGGACGCCACUGACAGUUGGGACGACAGCAGCUCGGUGAGCAGUGGGAUCAGUGACACCAUCGACACAGAUUACAUCAACACCAGCUCCUCAAUCAGCUCCUAUGUCAACACUCCGUCCAUCUCCUGCAAGGACCUAGAGGAACAGCUCCAGACGGACGCGGAGAAGCACUCAGCCGUCGAGCAGAACUCUGUGUGGUCCGGCAGCGACGAGGUCAAGAGGUCAGACGGGGGCUCGGACAGCGGGUUCAAAAUGGAGUCGGGCUCCAAGUGGUGCCACCACCCCUCAGACAUGUCGGACGAGUCUGACAGGAGCUCCUCGGGCCGCAAAACGCCUUCCAUGGCUCACACUGGCUCCUGGAGGCGGGGCAUGAGCACCCAGGUGGGCAUGACCUCGCCCAGGACCAAGGCACCUGUCACGCCAGUCUGUGGCACGCUGAAGACCCAUGGGACAGGUAAAACGGAUGACGCCAAGGUGUCUGAGAAGGGCCAGCAUUAUCUCUCGCCCGCCAACAGCAGCAUGCAGCGCUCCCCAUCAGACACGGGCCGCAGCAGUGGAGACGAGGCCAAGAAGCCCCCCUCCUCCUCCAGCCGCACCCCCACCACCAACACGUUUGGCUUCAAGAAGCACGCUGGAGGAGGUAUGACCAUGGUGACAGCCAGCGGAGUCACCAUCACCAGUGGCUCCGCCACCCUGGGGAAGAUCCCCAAGUCAGUGCAGCUCCACGGGGGUCGAGGCCUUGGUCGCCAGGCCAGUGUGGAUGAUGGCUACCUGCCUGUGAGCUCCCACUCCACCCUGCAGUACCGCAGCCUCCCCCGGCCCAGCAGAGCCUCUGGUGGGGGCCGCAGCACCAGCAUCGACUCCAACCUCAGCUCCAGGUCCAACACGCACCACGGCCCCAAAAGCCGCAGCCAAGUCCCCAAGCCCAGCGCCGGUGGCAUCCCCCUACCUGGCUCGGGAUCCAACCAGACAGACAAGGAGAAGGGGGUGUCCUCUGAAGCCAGUCCCAUGGCCCAGGGCUCAGCAACUCUGCCCCCUCAGGGAGCCAGGCAGCCAGGGGGAAAGUACCCAGACAUCUCCUCCCCUACCCUGCGCAGACUGUUCGGAGGCAAGCAGCCUAAGCAGCAGGCCCCAGUCACCACCGCAGAGAAUAUGAAGAACUCCACCGUCAUCUCCAACCCCCACGCCAACUCUGGCCAGCAAGUCGGCGCUCUGGACUCCCCUUCGGCCAGUAGUGGGGGCAGUAGCCCUCUGUAUGGGGGUGGAGGUCGCCUGGGUGUGGAGGCCCACUCCCUCUCCCCCCUGGCCUCCAGCCCCGGCUCAGCCCUGUCCACCCCUUCCCACAGCCUGGCCUGGAGCAGCACUCUGAGCCCCGGCUUCCCCUCCCUCAGCAGCCUUGCCACCAGCAGCGAGUCCAUCGACGUGUCCCUGGGCAGCGGUGGCCACGGACACCACGGCCAUGGUCAUGACACACUGCCAGCCUGCGUCAGGAACAAUGGCAUCAAAACGGGAUUCUCAGAAAGUCUUAGCCCCCUCUCCUCUCCCUCGGCUAGUCCCAAAUUCAGCCGAAACACUUUACCCCGGAAGCAGGACAGGUAUGGCCACCUGCCCCAGCUGCGUAGUCAUGACGACCCCCGGGACUGGCUGCGUUCCCACUCUGCGGGAGGUCUUCAGGAGUCUGCCGGCAGCUCACCCUUCUCCCCCGCUUCCAGCCUCACCUCGCCCUCCGGAGCCCGCUUCAACUUCUCCCAGCUUGGCAGCCCUACCACAGCUGCCCAGAUCAACCUGGCGAACCUCCGCAGCGGCCUGGCCAAUCAGGAAGGGCCGUACGACCCGUACAGUGACCGCCUGAGGAACUCGUCCAUGUCUCUGGAGGAGAAGAGUCGCACCAUGAGCAGCUCUGGGUCCUUCAGAGAAGGACUAGAGGAGGUCCACGGCUCCUCUCUGUCUCUAGUGUCCAGCACUUCAUCUGCCCACUCCACGCCUGAGGAGAAAUCUCAGUCAGAGAUUCGUAAGCUGCGGAGAGAAUUGGACGCUUCCCAAGAGAAGGUGUCUGCUUUGACCACUCAGCUGAGUGCUAAUGCUCACCUGGUAGCAGCAUUUGAGCAGAGCUUGGGGAACAUGACCAUCCGACUCCAGGGCCUUACCACCACGGCUGAGCAGAAGGACUUUGAGCUGAACGAGCUGAGGAAGACCAUAGAAUACCUGAAGAAGCAGAACACAGCAGCCCAUGCAGCCAUCAACGGUGUCAUCAACCUGCCAGAGCUCACCUGCAAAGGUGAUAGGCCAGCCUCCGCCAAUGGAAGCCCCCAGUCUCAACCAGACCUGUGUAUCCGCAGACAGCACUCGUCUGACAGUGUGUCCAGCAUCACCAGCGCCACCAGCCACUCCAGCGUGGGCAGCAACCUGGAGCUGGACGCCAAGAACAAAAAGACGAAGAAGAACUGGCCUCCUUGUGCAGGAGCAAAGGUUUAUGAGCUGCGGAGCUCCUUCAAGCAGGCAUUUGGGAAGAAGAAGUCGCCCAAGUCUGCGUCCUCGCACUCAGACGUAGAGGAGAUGACCGACUGUUCCCUGCCCUCCUCCCCCAAGCUAACGGCUUAUAACGGCUCCACCACCUCCACACCCAUGAUCCGGAACUCCCACUCCAACUCUCUGAUCUCAGAGUGCACAGACAGCGAGGCGGAGACGGUGAUGGCGCUCCGCAGCGAGCUCCGAGACAAGGAGAUGAAGCUGACUGACAUACGCCUGGAGGCCCUCAGCUCUGCCCACCAGCUGGACCAGCUCAGGGAGUCCAUGAACCGCAUGCAGGGCGAGAUAGAGAGGCUGAAGACAGAGAACGACCGUCUGAAGAUAGAGAGUCAGGGCAGCUGCAGCAGAGCAGCCUCACAAGCCUCAGUGACCUCACCCUCAGCGGGCCAGUCACAGCACAGCCUCGCCCUAACAGAGUCCACCAGCCUCGACAUGUUGUUGGAGGACAACGGGGAUGGUAGCUCACGGAAAGAAGGACGACACGUCAAGGUGGUCGUAACUCUAGAUGAGGACGCCAAGUGGAAAGAGGAGCGUAGACCUCGUCAGUUCCUGAUUGGUUGCAUUGGUGUCAGUGGGAAAACCAAAUGGGAUGUGCUGGAUGGGGUGGUCAGACGUCUCUUUAAGGAGUACAUUAUCCACGUGGACCCAGUGAGCCAGCUGGGUCUAAACUCAGACAGUGUCCUGGGCUAUAGCAUCGGGGACAUCCAUCGCACACGUGGGGCUGACACCCCUGAACUCCUGCCCUGUGGAUACCUCGUUGGAGACAGUGACACCAUCUCUGUCUCUCUCAAAGGUGUGUGUGAGCACAGCCAAGACGACUUGGUGUUUGAGACACUGAUCCCCAAACCCCUGCUGCAGCGCUACGUGUCCCAGCUCCAUGAGCACCGGAGGAUCAUCCUGUCUGGCCCCAGUGGCACCGGGAAGAGCUUCCUGGCCAGCCGAUUGGCCGAACACAUAGUGCUGAGGGAAGGGAGAGAGGUCACCGACGGGACCAUUGCCACGUUCAACGUAGACCACAAGUCCAGCAAGGAGCUGCGUCAGUACCUGUCUAACCUGGCUGACCAGUGCAACAGUACGAGUCAUGGGGUGGACAUGCCCCUGGUGGUCAUAUUGGACAACCUGCACCACGUCAGCUCUCUAGGAGAGGUCUUCAAUGGCCUGCUCAGCUCCAAGCACCACCACUGUCCUUAUAUCAUUGGAACAAUGAACCAGGCUACGUCAUCCACUCCCAACCUGCAGCUUCAUCAUAACUUCAGGUGGGUGCUGUGUGCCAACCACACUGAGCCAGUGAAGGGCUUCCUGGGUCGGUUCCUGAGGAGGAGGCUGAUGGAGACAGAGAUCAGCAGCCGGCAGCGCAACGCUGAGCUGGUGAGGAUCAUCAAGUGGAUCCCUACUGUCUGGCAUCACCUCAACCGCUUCCUAGAGUCCCACAGCUCCUCGGACGUCACCAUCGGGCCUCGCCUCUUCUUAUCUUGUCCCAUGGAUGUGGAGGGAUCCAGAGUGUGGUUCACAGAUCUGUGGAACUAUUCCAUUAUUCCCUACAUGCUGGAGGCUGUCCGAGAGGGGCUGCAGCUCUAUGGGAGGAGAGCUCCGUGGGAGGAUCCAGCACGGUGGGUGAUGGAGAGCUACCCCUGGGCAGCCAGCCCCCUGCAGCACGAAUGGCCCAAGCUGCUGCAGCUCCGGCCAGAGGACAUAGGCUUUGAUGGAUACUCCAUCUCCAAAGAUGGCUGUCCCAGCAAGCAAAUUCCCCAGGGAGACACGGACGGAGACCCGCUGAUGAACAUGCUGAUGAGGUUAAAGGAGGCAGCCUACUUCUCCGGCAGCACUCAGAGUUACGACAGCGACUCCAACAGCAACCAGGAUCACCAUGAAGACACCAUGCUGGACUCAUCACUGGAGUACACACUAUGAGUCUCCCUCUGUCAGAAAAUACUCACUCUGGGACACAUCCUAAAUUGAGAUACCUUUGUGUUAAUCAUACAUUGAUCUGAGGUUCAAUGUUCGGUUAUGUAUUUCAAGUUUAAUGAAAAAAUGUAUACACUCACUAACUGUAAGUCGCUCUGGAUAAGAGCGUCUGCUAAAUGACUAAAAUGUAAAUGUAAGUUAGAAUUUGGACUUCUGCGACUUCAUGUCUUUAUGCAGUCAGAACAUAUUAUAUACCAAUUGGAACUCACUAUUUACACUGUGUACUAAUAAAUAAUAUAAUAAAUAUACUUACUGGGUGCUGGUAACCCGAGAUGAAAAUCCCAGUCAAAGUUCAAUAACCUGAAUAAUUUUAACUCAGUAUUUCUACUAUUUUCAGUGUUUAUUAGGAGUAUGUUUACAGUCACAGGCAAAGAUACUCAACCAUAUAAAUGAAUGACAUAGUUUAUGAUACAUCAAACCAGUUGCCUUGACUGUGACCUAACCUAUGCUAUAGCUAUGUGGUCCAAACUGAGUAGCAAAAACUGUACAUACAUUCACUCAGCUUCAUAGAGCUUGACCUGUGUGCAUUUUCUUAGUGGAGAGGCACACACCAUGGUGGACAUCUUUUUGGUGUUUAGCUUUCAAAUGAUGCCUUGCUACCUAUAUAACAAGGGUGGUCACAUGCAUUGACAAUGCCUUUGAUGUUCUUGAUUUCUAUAGAGGCGGUGCAGAGUUUAGGUGCUUUGAUGAAAAUUUAUCCUGAUCAUUUAUGUGCGGCUAGCUGGUAACAAAAAGGUCUAGGCUUUUGUUAUGGAUAUCUUGAAAUCAGUGAUACUUUUAGGAUUUUUGGUGCUCACCUGGGGAAGAUGAGAACUUUAUACCUCAUGAGCGUUUCAAAUAGUAUCCCAAAAGCCCCUGUUUGUAUUUUGUUCAGCUCUAGAUAGAGCUCCAUCCCUGCAUGAAAUGUUCCAACGCAGUGUUUACCUAUAUAGAGGCAUAUUCAACAUGUAGACCCACAUCUGAAAGGUCCCCGGCUAGAAAAUAAUCUGAGCGACUGCAUGGAUUUGAGACGGAGGCUGGCGUGUCUAGUCGCUCACUCUGAAGAAUUAGCGCUGGUUCCAUUUGCAUCCAGUGUUAAUGGGAUCCUCAGUGUUGCUGUAUUGGAGUAACUAGGCUUUAUUCCCUCAUAAGAUGGAGUAUUCUCAGAGCGGCUUACGCUACUAUGAGGUACCACUUUGGUUGCUCCCCCUCACAAUGUCCCCAUUAUCUGCCAGUGUUGUUGCUAUUCUUCCCCUGAGUGUUCUUAGUAACAAAUUCUAUGCAACAUUCAUUUGGAACUUUCGACUGAAACCAAAACAGUUUACUUGUAUUUUUAAGUAUUGUCGAGAUUUGUAUUGCAGGUACAUUGAUCUGUGAAUAUUUUUGCGAGGUUUGAAUUUUCACUAGCAUAUCUUACAGGCGUGUAAAGGGUGGUGCAAGCACAAAUCAAAAUGGUUGUUUGUAUUUUCUUGGUCCCACACAGUUUGGAUGUUGGAAUGAUGUGAAAGGUAUGCUAUUGAAUCUAGUGGUUGAUAAUUGUUUAAUAAUUAUUUGAUAUGUGAAUUUGGUUUAUGUAUAUUUUUAUUUUGUAAUGUAAAGAUGUAAAUAUCUGAUCUGAAUUUUUUAGAAAUCUUUUACAGAACUAUAGAGUAAUUUGUGUAGCCCUACAGUUUGGUUUCCUCCAUAGGUUGUUCCUUUUUCUAUUGUAGUGAAAAACCAUGAGACUGUCAGAAUAAAUCUGGUCACGAUACUGUGCUUUCCAUCUUUCAUAUGUUUUAUUCAUAGAGAAAUCAAUAAACCAGUGUUUAUUUAUUAA